AUGACAUCUUCAUCAGCUCCACAAUCGCAAGCCAAAUUUACCGUAGUCGAAUUCGAAUACUCUGCUGAGUACCCUGUUAAAGUCGAGCAAUAUCUGGCACCCCAUAUUGUUCAUAUCCACGCGCAUACUGCAACGAAUGGUGGCAAAAUCGUGUUGAUUGGACCCUUUUUAAACAAUCAACGUGAAGAGAAUGCGACUACUGCUACGGGAGGAUUAUCGAUUUGGCGUGAUGCAACUGACGAAGAAAUCACGAAAUAUAUUGAAACGGAUCCAUUUGUUGUACAUGGAUUGGUGGAGAAAUGGACUGUUCGACCAUUGUUGCCGAUGGGUGGACAUCAAGCAUUCGAAAAUGAUUUUUAUCGCAUGCCAAAUUAG